AUGGACUUCACCUUCCACCCGGGCGUCAACGGCUCAGACCCCUGGGUCGAGUUCUACCCCUACAACCCCUCCCUCACAGCCGGCUACGCCUUCAUGGCCAUCUUCGGCAUCGCAACGCUCAUCCAUCUCGUCCUGAUGAUCCCCUACCGAGCAGCCUACUUCAUCCCCUUUGUGCUCGGCGGAGUCUGCGAAACAUUCGGGUACCACGGCCGCGCCCGCUCCCACAACGACAGAACAGGCAUUGGCCCCUGGGCACAGCAACAGAUGCUCCUGCUCUGCGCGCCCCCUCUCCUCUCAGCAAGCAUCUACAUGACUCUCUCGCGGCUGAUCCGCGCGCUGAACGCGGAGGAACACUCCCCUAUUCGACCAAAACGUCUAACCGUGCUGUUCGUGCUCAACGACAUCGUCUGCCUGUUGACCCAGCUUGUGGGUGCCGGUCUCCAGGUCACGGGUGAGCAGAAGAUCAUCAGUAUAGGCAACAAGGCUGUUCUGGCUGGGUUGAUCUUCACGUUGUUUGUGUUUGGGUGGUUUAUUUGGAUUGUUGUCACGUUUCACCGGCGGCUUUCGGCGGCUCCGACGGCGGUUUCGUUGGCUGAGGGGGUUAGUGGGUGGAGGCGGUAUAUGUGGGUUUUGUAUGUUGUUUGCGGGUGUAUGGUGGUUAGGAACUUGGUGCGGACGAUUGAGUUUGGGAGUCCGCAUGGGGCGGAUGUGAGGAGUCGCGAGGUGUAUAUCUAUGUUUUUGACGGGACGCUUAUGGCGGUUGUUAUGGGGCUUUGGGUUGUUUGGCAUCCUGGGCGGUUGGUGAAGAGCGCUCGAAGGGUUGGGAGGGGGAUUGAUGGGGAUAUGGAGCUUCUAGGGGGGAAAUAG